UUUUGAUUCCUAACUAUGUAAUAUGGUAUAAAAGGAGAGGAUUUGACAAGAUCUAGAAUAGAAAUUCUUGAAGACCUUUCAAGAGAAUCAGUAGAAUCUUUAGAUAGUUUAUUACCACAAUUUCAUUGUGAUAACAUAUAACAAUUAGAAAUAGAAAGGCGAGUUGUUGUUUAUUUAAGAUCCUUAGGACUUAAAUUUAAGACUGAUCCUAGAUAAAAAGAACAAGACUAUUUGUAUAAAUUUUAUUAAUUUAGUGAUUAUCCAAAAAAGAAUGCCAUCAUUUUUUAACAGAUGAUAGGAGAAUCACCUUUAAUAAAUAAUAUUUCGAUACUUAAAUUAGGAACAGGCUAAAGUAAUAAAAGAAGUGAUUCUGAAAUUAUAUUAAGUCCGUUUCUUUUGGGAAAACAAAGAUCGUUUGAAAUAUGA